CUGCAGGAGCCCCGCGGCGCCGACUCCGCCUCCUAUUGUCGCUGCGGCUGCUGUGCCUCAACAAUAGCGGCGCUGGGAGCGCUGCGCCUGACCGCUGUCAGCGCUCCUCCCCCGGGGUCGAGUGAAAGGGGCGUCGCUCGCCGCCGCCAUGGCUGGUUGUUGUCAGUCGCUGGCAGCGGGUUAUGGCGACGGCGGUGAAUGAAUUCUCCGGGAGGCAGAGGGAAGAAGAAGGGCUCAGCCGGCUCCAGCUCCGCGCCUCCCGCCGCCGGGGCCUUCCCCUCCGCGCCGUCCGGGCCGGCUCCCCCCGCGCCGCCGGCGGGGGCGGCAGCGGCGGCAGCGGCGUCCCCGCACAAGCGGAACCUGUACUACUUCUCGUACCCGCUGUUCGCUGCCUUCGCCCUGCUCCGCUUCGUCGCCUUCCAGCUCGGGCUGCUGGUCGCCUGGCUCUGCGAGCGUCUCUCCCGCGGCGCACUCAUGGCCGCCAAGAGCAGCAGGGCCGGCGAUGCGCCCGAGCCCGGCGGGGCGGCCGAGCGGGUGCGGGCGUGCCACAAACGGGCCUUCGAGUGCAUCUCCAUGGCGCUGCGCAUCGAUGAGGACGAGACAGCAGGACAAAAGGAACAAGCUGUUGAAUGGUAUAAGAAAGGAAUUGAAGAACUGGAAAGAGGAAUAGCUGUCUUAGUUGUUGGUCAAGGUGAUCAGUGUGAUCGGGCUCGACGUCUGCAGUCUAAAAUGAUGACAAAUUUGGCAAUGGCCAAGGAUCGCUUGCAGCUUUUAGAGAAGCUGCAGGCAGAUUUGCAAAUUUCCAAGCCGCAAAUGGAGGUCUAUAAUGACAGUACUAACCUGGCAUGCCGCAAUGGACAUCUCCAGUCAGAAAGUGGAGCAGUUCCAAAAAAGAAGGAUCCCUUAACACACACAAGUAAUUCCCUUCCACGUUCAAAAACAGUUGCAAAAACUGGAUCCACAGGCCUUUCAGGCCACCAUAGAACACCUAGCUACAGUGGGAUAUCAAGUGCUUCUGUGUCUAGACCAGCAACAAACCCUACAACUUCAACUCACAAGGCUGCUCCCAAAAAUAGCAGAACAAAUAAGCCUUCUACUCCUACCCCUGCUGCUCGAAAGAAGAAAGACAUGAAAAUAUUUAGAAAUGUGGACAGUAAUCUUGCUAAUCUUAUCCUGAAUGAAAUUGUUGAUAGUGGGCCAGCUGUCAAAUUUGAUGAUAUUGCAGGGCAGGAACUGGCUAAACAAGCUUUGCAAGAAAUUGUUAUCCUUCCUUCUCUUAGACCUGAGUUAUUUACAGGACUUAGAGCUCCUGCACGUGGAUUGUUGCUCUUUGGCCCACCAGGAAAUGGGAAGACAAUGCUGGCCAAAGCAGUUGCUGCAGAAUCAAAUGCUACUUUCUUCAAUAUCAGUGCUGCAAGCCUAACUUCAAAAUACGUGGGUGAAGGUGAGAAAUUGGUGCGUGCUCUAUUUGCAGUAGCCAGAGAACUGCAGCCUUCUAUAAUUUUUAUUGAUGAAGUUGAUAGCCUUUUGUGUGAAAGACGAGAAGGUGAACAUGAUGCUAGCAGGCGUCUAAAAACAGAAUUCUUAAUAGAAUUUGAUGGUGUGCAGUCUUCUGGAGAGGACAGAAUACUUGUGAUGGGAGCAACAAACAGGCCACAGGAGCUUGAUGAUGCUGUUCUCAGACGGUUCACCAAACGGGUAUAUGUAUCUUUACCAAAUGAGGAAACGAGAUUGGUUUUGCUAAAGAAUCUUCUAAGCAAACAAGGAAGUCCGUUGACCCAAAAAGAGUUGGCACAGCUAGCAAGAAUGACAGAUGGAUACUCUGGAAGUGAUUUAACUGCAUUAGCAAAGGAUGCAGCAUUGGGUCCCAUCCGAGAAUUAAAACCAGAGCAAGUGAAGAACAUGUCUGCCAGUGAGAUGAGAAAUAUUAAAUUAUCAGAUUUCACUGAGUCUUUGAAGAAGAUAAAGCGUAGUUUGAGCCCUCAGACACUGGAAGCAUACAUUCGUUGGAACAAGGACUUUGGAGAUACCACGGUGUGAAACACUACUUUAAGUGGAACGGAAUGCUGCCUAAGGAGCAGGAGUACAGACUACUGGAAAGCAGCCAAAGUUUACAGGACUUGGCAGAUCUUUGAGUAUCUGCGUUAAAACUUGAGAAUAUGAAAAAAAUUAUACAAUGUGAAAUAAAUUCAUCAAAGCCUCCUUGCCGUUUAGUGAGGAUUUACACACUGUAAGUAAGAGCACAAUAGGACUUUGGAUAAGAUUCCUACCAAUCUGAUCGUAGUUUGAACAAUAUGCAUAUUUUGUUUCAGUUGGAAGGCUCUGAUGAUAUUGAUCAUUGGAAGACCUUUUCCCUAUGUUGUGUGUUAUUUUCGUUUUUAAUUCUGCCAUGACAUUAAUGUCUGGCUUCCUGAUAACUACUAAUAGUUGGAUUUUUUUGUAACCUUUGGUUCUGCUUUUGUCUUUUUUUUUUAUUUUACCUUUAAUGUGCCAAAUAAAACAAAUUCCCUGUGUAAAGAUGAAGAACAGCAUUGGGGGAUUACAACUAUUAAAAUGUAAAAUGCAGCUGGUCUGUUAUUAUUUGUCUUUGUUUAGUUGUAUGUGAGUGCAUUGUUCAUGGAACAGUUCUAGAAAAGACCUUUGAUAGCAGAACAGCAAAAAAAGAAAAACUACAAAACCAGUUCAAACUGUUUUUGUUUUUUUAAGUAAAAUACUAAAUAAAAAGUAGACUAAGACGUUCA